CUCAAGAUUACAGGUUGGGUCUGCUAGUCUGCGACCAGCACAAUGUGUGGCUUACACAUUUGUCUGUUUUUUCUUCUGACAUGUUUCAGCCAAGAAGCGCUGGCGAGUGAGAUCAUACAUGGUAAAAAAGUGCCGGAUAACUUAAUGCUGUACAUGGCCUCAGUGCAGAACAACAAUGGUCAUAUAUGUGGAGGAUUCCUUGUCAGUGAAGACGUUGUGGUCACGGCUGCACACUGUAACAAACACAAGCCUUCAAGUGUUGUACUUGGGAACCACAAUCUCAAGAAGGCUCGCAACGGCACAGAGAGAUAUGAUGUCAUCAAGAGAUGCGUGCACCCAGAUUAUGUGAAAGUAUCAAAGGGUAAUGACAUCAUGCUUCUCAGACUGGCUAAGAAACCUCAACUGGGCAACAGAAUACAACCGGUUCAGCUUCCAAAGAACAAGAAUGAUGUAAAGGAUAAAUCAAAGUGUCGUGUAGCUGGAUGGGGGAAAACAAAAACAGGCGGUCACACUAUUGAUGUCCUGCAAUCGGUGGAGCUGCCUGUCAUUGACCUGAAAGUCUGUUCCACACAAUGGAAAGAAUUGAAAAUUAAUCUCCCUGCCAAUGUCAUCUGUGCAGGUGGAUAUGGAACAAAUAAAGGAUUCUGUCAGGGUGACUCCGGAGGCCCUCUGGUGUGCGGUGGUACAGCAGUUGGUGUUGUGUCUUUCAACAUGGGAGGAAACUGUGACUACCCAAAUGUACCCAACGUCUACACAGAUGUAUCAAAAUAUCUGCCGUGGAUCAAAGAAAUUCUCAAGAAAAAGAACUUUAACAAAGCACUCUGUGGCGUACUUUCCUGAUGUUGCAGAUGUAUCUGUGUGUUUAAAGAAUAACAUGUACUUUAUCUGGAAUAUGGAAUAAAAAGCUUUAUUUCA